AAAAAUAAACCUAUACCUAGGAAUUUUUUAGAACCAGGGCAAACAAUGUCGCCUAGGAAUCUUCGUUUUGCACCUCGCGUAACCCUGGAUGUUGAUCCUGAAUCCACUUUCUCUCUACUUAUGAUCGAUCCCGACAAUUUGUCACGGAAGAAUCCAAGUGUAGCAGAAUGGCUUCACUGGCUGGUCGUUAACAUCCCCGCAAGCAACAUUCAAGAGGGUAUUAAUGGCGGACAACAUCAGAUGCCAUAUGGAAGUCCAGCGCCACAGCCUCGUACCGAUUUACACCGCUACGUAAUCCUUCUUUACGAGCAUCAGGGACGACGAAUACAAGUACCAAAAAUGAAUAGCAGAGUCAAAUUCAAUACGAAAGAAUUUGUAGAAAAACACAAAUUAGGCGACCCGAUAGCAGGCAAUUUUUUCCUUGCUCAACAUGAAGGCUAA